UGUCUCAUGGAGCUGUUCGAGGUGUGUCCUGUGUGCAAGCGUGUUUGCAGUGUGAAAAACAAAGUGCUUGGGACAUUCAUAUCAGUGAAACAGCUGUGUGAGUAUUGCGAGUAUUCCCGAAUUUGGCAAAGCCAGCCUCUUCUGGAUAGCACACCAGCUGGGAACUUGCAGCUUUCUGCAGCAGUGUACAUCAGUGGAGCCUCUUUCUUCAAACUUCAAAGGGUGUUCAAGGCGAUGCAUCUGCAGAUUAUUCUGUAUGAUACCUUUCGUCGGCAUGCCUGAAUGUUUAUAGAGCCAGCUAUUGUCCAUAAAUGGAACCAUUCCCAGGAUGUGAUGCUGCAGCAGCUCAGCGAAGAAAGAAAAGUAAUACUUGGUGGCGACAUGAGGGCUGAUUCUCCAGGGCACUGUGCAAAAUUUGGGAGCUACACCAUGAUGGACCUCAACACCAAAACUAUUGUCGAUCUCCAGUUGGUUCAGAGCAAUGAGGUUGGAGGAAGCUCCCAUAUGGAGAAGGAAGGCCUGAAGAGGAGCCUGGCAUUGUUGGAUGCACGUGGUGUAACCAUCGAUAGCAUCGUCACUGACCGUCAUCCACAAAUCCAGAAAUUUCUGAGGGACAACAACAUCACUCAAUUUUAUGACGUCUGGCACAUGGAGAAAGGAAUUACAAAGCAACUACAUAAAAUAAGCAAAACCAAGGACUGCCAGAAAGUAAAGACAUGGAUGCAAGCCAUCAGAAACCAAAUCUAUUGGACGGCGGCAUCGUCAAUAACCGGGCCGGAGAGAGUGGCAAAAUGGACCUCCCUCCUGAACCAUGUUCAGGAUAUUCAUACUCAUGAUGAUCCCCUCUUCCCAAAAUGUCUACAUCCAAUUCGCAGCACAACGGACAAGAGUAGAUGGCUCUCAGGAGCAACUCCUGCAUUCUACAAGCUGGAGAAGGCGCUGACCAAGAAGACAGUCCUGAGGGAUAUAGCAAAGCUCAGUCCCCACCACCAGACGUCCUCUUUGGAGGCAUUCCACGCCGUGAUCCUGCGGUUCGCUCCUAAAAAUGUGGUCUAUCCAUUUCUAGGAAUGCUGUGCAGACUCUACCUGGCUGCAAUGCAUUACAAUGAGAAUUCUGAUAGAGGACAAGCCACUACGUCAUCAGGGGAUCUUAUGUUCAGACUGACCUUUCCUAAGGCCAGGAAGGGAGAGUGCAGAGCCAAACCAGUGAAGACUGAGGCGACAUUUCAGUAUGUGAAUGAUUUGAUGGACAUGAUCAUGGAGAAGGUCUUUGUCGACCCAGCAUCCUACAGAGCUGAGAUUCUGAAGAUAAACAUCCCGCCGGAACUGUCUUCAGAAUAUGAGCAUCCAGACAAGGAGGAGGUCAUCGCCAGCUACGUCUCCAGAUUUAAUCAAGGGAGGGUGGUUUGAAUCCUCGGUAUCUUCCAUGGGCAUCCGGAAAUUCCCGGUGUAUGCGAAGAACCACGCAUGAUGGGAUAACAACCCGUAUCUUCCGCCCAAGGAAGCCCCAGCACCAGCUCACAAAAUUUCUGUAGGCUAAAUACCUGUAACGACUGAGAAAAUGUAACAUUGUUAGUCAACAGGUUCUACAAUGUCAACAUCUGUGUUCACAUUUUCUAAUUGAAUUCAGUGAAUACUUCCCUUAUACUGUAUUUAGAUGCACAAAUAUUCAUGACUGCGUUCAAUAAAUGUUUAUUGUAUC